CUUCAAGCUUUUGUGUAUGAUUUUUAAUGUUAUGCUCUUUACUUCCAAGGCCAAGCUUAAACUCUGUUAUUAGUUUUACUUUAUAUUAUUCCAAUAACUUGUAAAAUGACUACAUUAGAAAACCCUACAACAGAAAUAGAAGCAAAGGAAGAGGAUUAUGAACGAAUUUCCGCUAAAAAUUCUACGGUAGAAAACCCCACAACAGAAAUAGAAGCAUCGGAAGUGGAUUAUGAACGAAUAGACGCUAAUAAUUCACAUGUGUUUAGUUAUCCAGUGUUAUUCACUAGUAGAACUCUUAUAGAAUUAAGUAGCUCGUCUUGGUCCCGGUCUCCGAAAAUUAGUACAAAUGUUCAGCCCUAUCUUCGUGGCUGUAAAUGGUCUCCAGAUGGUACAUGUUGUUUGGCUGUUGUUAACAAUGAUGGUGUACAUGUUAUGGAAUUAUCUCGCGACCUCUAUGAAGGCUGUGUCGAUAGAAAUAGAACUAUUGAUAUUUUGGAACCAGUAAUCCAUGUAAAGGAAGCAGGGCUAGUGUAUGAUUUCUGUUGGUAUCCAUCCAUGAAUAGCAAUGUGCCUGAAAGUUGUUGUUGGAUAACUACAAGACAAAAUGCUCCAGUACAGAUGUGGGAUGCAUUUGAUGGCUCAUUGCGGUGUUCCUAUAGAGGAUUUAAUGCUGUUGAUGAAAUGGAACCUGCUGUCACUUGUACAUUUACAGUUGAUGGUACGCGAAUAAUAGCUGGAUACAAGAAGGUGCUGAGAACCUUUGAUGUUGAGAGACCUGGGAGAGACUAUGAUGAACAUAAUAUCAACUCUCCAGCAUCAUGUUUUGCAACAAAAGACAACUUGCUGUCUGUAGGCUCAUGGAAUUCAUCAAUAACUUUAUUUAAUGUCAGCGAGAUGGGCACAUAUAAAAGUAUUGGCAAAAUGCAUGGGCAUUCAGGAGGGGUUACACACAUGAAGUUCAGUCCUGAUGGUUUAAAACUCGUAUCAGGAGCUCGCAAGGAUCACCGUCUCCUAGUAUGGGAUAUUAGAUAUUAUCGACGACCUCUCAAUAUUCUAUCAAGACCAGUUGACACAAAUCAAAGGAUAUAUUUCGACAUAUCUCCGUGUGGUACUUACCUUGUGAGUGGAGGUUCAGAUGGAGUUGUAAGGGUGUGGGACGUGAAUCAAGUUAAUUGGAAGGAAGAGAUGGACACAUCUAUUGAAGAUAAUGUUUCUUUGAAGUUUCCUCUUCAUGGUGACUGCUGCAAUAGUAUAUCAAUACAUCCGUGCCGACCGAUAUUAGCAACUGGCUCUGGACAGUUUCAUUUCAAUCAUCCUCUUACAAAUCUAGAAGAUGAAAUUAAGAUGGAGGUUAGUGGUGAUAAUCUUGGAAGUGAUGAACAGUUGUUUAGUGAUAUGAAGUACUCGGGUAAUGCAGAAAACAGUUUGGUGUUUUGGUGGAUUGGUGAUGUGGCUAAUGGAGCUGUGUGAUGAAGUUAAAGGACUAAUUAUAUUUUUAAAAAUUUA